AUGAAUAAGAAUAAUAAUAAUACAAAUAGAAUUAUAGUAUUUGGUACAACAUGUAUUGAUACGGUUAGAAUGAUAGAUGACUUUCCUAAAAAGGGGAGUUAUAUUGAAGUUGAUGAAGAAAUCAUUGGUCUUGGUGGUGAAGCUUGUAAUACAUUGAUAUGUUUAUAUCAAUUAAUAAGAGAUGAAGAAAAGUUUGAUUUGGAUAUAAACUAUUUCACAACACCAUUGGUAAAUGAUGCAAAUGGUAGAUUGUUGAUGGAUAUCUUUGAAAAGAGAAUUGGUAGACGUCAUCAAUCACUUGAAACACAAUUCAAUCUAUUGGAUAGUCAAAAGGAUCAAGAGGUCAUUACAAAACACAAGAUGAUCACACCAGUAUGUGAUGUCUAUGUAUCAAAGGAUAGUGAAAGAAGUAUGUUUGGUAGUGGCUUCACUGCAAUCUAUUCAUACAUGUUGGAACAUUCAGAAAACAUUAUGAAAUCUUUCUUUGAUUUUUUAGAAAGAGAUAAUAGAAAGUAUACAAAUCAAUGGUUUACACUUGAUAAUAAUACACCAACCAUUUCAAACAAACUUGUAAACAAAUUGAUUCAAGAUCAAUAUUGUAAUCUUUAUAUUAUGGAUCAUCAAGUAUCAGAUGAUAUAAUUGAUCUUUUAAAAGAAGAGAAAGACAAAGACAAACAACAAGAAAGAGGUGUGAAAUCAUAUAUACAUCAAACUAAUACAAAUUAUUUUGGUACUAGUGGUGAUAAACAAGCUAAUAUCGUAGCUGCAAAGGAAUGGCUUUCUCGUCAUCCAACGACCUUUUUGAUAUUGACUGAUGGUGCACAUGGUUUGGUGAUUGGAGGUACAUUGUAUCAUAGUGAUGAAGGCAAAUCAUCAUCGUCGUCAUCAUACACUGAACCAACACAUUACAAUGCUAUACCACUUCCAUCCGAUCAACCAGCAAUCGAUUCAAUAGGUGCUGGAGAUGCAUUCCGUGCAGGUAUGUUAUACUCUCUUGGCAAGGGUAUCCCAAUUGAAAAAGCAAUUCAAUUUGCCAGUGCUUGUGGAGCUCUCAAUUGUCGUUACCGAGGUGGUUGUAAUAAUGUUCCAACUCUAUCUGAAAUUAAAUCAUUUUUAAAUCAAAAUGGAAUAAAUUGUAAAUCACAUCAUCAAGAAGUAGGCAAUAGAAAGGGUAUACCGGCAUACCAUACAAAGAAUGAUAUCAUUAAAACGAGUAUGGGUGAUGAAGAAAUACUCAAUGACAUUUAUUGGAAUAAAGUAAUGUCUUUGAAAAAGAAACAACAUGAACAACAAUUACUUCAAGAACAACAAGAAUUACAAAAGUCUUCAUCUUCUUCAACUUCUGCUACCACAACAACAACAACACCAACACCAAAACCAAAGAAACAUCAUCACAAGAUAAAGAUAUCAAAUAAUACAACCAAUACAAACAACUCUACCUCUACUACUACAACAAAACAAACUGAAAAAUCAUUAGCAAUGAUAUCAAUGGAUUGUAGGAAUGGUGGAAUUGGAUUUCAAGAUAAAUGUAUUUGUGUUGCUCCAUUUAUUGGGUCGUCGUGUCAAGACAUUGAUUUAAAGAAUAAUCAAUGUGUCAUUAAUCCAGAUGAUAUUGCCAAUCUCGGUCAAUCAAAUAGAAGUUAUUGUGAUGGUUAUUCACAAUCGAUUCAUUGUUGUUGGAAUAAAUACCGUACCGAUAGACUCGAUCAACCAAUCGCACAAGAGUUGAAUGAAAGAAUCGAACAAUUACUCUAUAAACACGGUCCAUGGAGUGAAAAUGACAAGACUCUUUUAUCUUAUCUUGUUCAACAUUUUGACAACAAGAAAGAACAACAACAAACAAAUGAUCUAAAAGAUAGAUAUAGAUUGGUAGUUGAAAAUGCGAGCAAUUAUAGUUUGUCACAUCGUAGACCGAAUCUUGGGUUUGUCAUUUCGUUGAAUGACUUUGAAUUGGAUGUUGGUGGUUACGAGUUAUUAUUAAAGAGUAUAUAUCGAAAGAAACACUACUAUGUCGUUCAUAUUGACAAACAGGCAACCGACGAACAGGUCCAUCUCUUGGCACAGACAACGGCCAAGUACAACAGAAAUGACAAUAUAGUGAUCAUGGAUAAACGAUUCUUUGGCCAGGCUGGAUCCAUUUCACAGGUAUAUGCAGAGGUUGCUGCAUACACCAUUCUCUUUGACAUGGUUAAAGAGAGAGAAAAGAAAGUGACGGGUGAGAAUGGUCAACACGAUUGGAGUCAUGUAAUCAAUCUCUCACAAUAUGAUUUCCCCGUCAAACCAAUUCACCAACUCGAGUUGCUUCUCGGUCAACACAUUGAUUUCAAUUUCCUCGAACAAGAUGUGCAAAAGGAUAAUUCAAGAUACCAUCAAAUAUGGCAACCCAAUUGUCGACGUGAAAUGGAGUCGGUCCAAGAUAUUCACAAAAACCAACAAUUGUGUGGCAAGUUUGAAAUGGCCGCCACCUUUAAUCGAUCGACUUUUAGUGAAGGUUCUCAAUGGCAUUUUAUCAACAAACAUUUUGCUUCACAUAUAGUCUCUGAUAUCGAUUCAAUUGAACAUCUAUUCUCAUUUAAACAUACAUUGAUUCCAGAAGAAAUUAGUUUCCAAUUUAUUUUUUCAAAAUGGAAUAUAUCACCAAAGAAACGUGAAAAUUAUAAUUAUAGAUAUAUACCAUGGAAUAAUGAAAAAUUAGAAGUUGGUGAAAAUGAUUUAAAUAAUUUCAAAAUUGCAAUGUUUACAAAUAGAGUUUAUAGAAAUGAAAUUAGAGAAUCGAUUAUUGAUAGAUAUUUAGAUUUUAGAAAUCAAUUAAAUUAA